AUGAUUUCGACAACACUCGCUUUGAGGCAUCAUUCGGCCAAAGUCAAUAAAUUAUGCUGUCAAUUGGAGAGGCCGAAAUGUUUGAAGAAUUUAACAACGACAACAGCUACAGCAGCAGUACGACACAGUUCCAACGAUUCGAGAAGGAGUAAGCAGUUGAAAAGGCCACUCGUAGAGAAUAAUAAAAAUGCUCUGCACCCAGCACAACCAAUUAUGGUGGUACGUUCCUUUAGCAGUGCUAAGGAUGCCGCCCCCGCCAAGGGCAACGAAAAACGACCACCAACAUCGACUGAUUUGGAUCAUGCCUACGGUGUGUUGAGAGAAACUUUACCAAAGCUAUUCAUACAGCCUCUAGACUAUUCCAUUUAUGAUCCCAAUUUGGAAUUUCAAAACAACAUAACGGGUAAACACACCGUCGGCCUCUAUCAUUAUGUCAAACAGAUAGCUCUGUUGCGUACUGUGGGCCAUCUAAAGUAUGCCUAUGUUAAGUUUGAAGUAUUAAAGAUUACAAAACACCCGGAGGAUUUCACCAUUAAGAUACGCUGGCGUGUACGCGGUAUUUCCGGCCUAAAGGUUAUGUUGAACUUUUGGAAAUAUAAGCUGUGGGAUAUUAAGGGCAUAUUCGAAAAUCAGGAGGCCUGGUAUGAUGGUUUCUCCAUUCUGUAUUUGGGAGACAAUGGCCUGAUCUAUAAACACAUUGUGGACAAAGUUAUGCCUGACCAGAAUACAGAGUUGGAUGAAAGACCCAGCAAUGUUGUGGAACCCAGUGGUAUGGCUGUAUCAUCGAAAAUUGGUUAUUCGGCAAAUGCUAAGGUGGCAGCAACCGCUGCGGCCUUGGCAUCGGUUAAAGCGAAAAAGAAGUAA